CGUUUACCACUUCAGUGAAACCCACGAGCACGGGUAUGGUGCUGACACGCGGCGUUUAACCAAACUCACUCGCUCAAUGUGAGGAUGCUUAAAUUGGCCGUAGCCACACGUAUACAAAAACGUCCAGCAAGAGUCCCUAAAAGAUGGAAAUGUGUAGCAUGUUAUUUAUUGAAUUUGUUCAACAAAUAGUGUAACUCAGCACCACCACAUGGUCAAGCCAGUGUUGUGACGUCACGGGCGGCACAAUAGCAAUGACGUCAUAGAACAGUUCCAUGACGACGUUCCUAGUCCAAUCCCCCAGUUCUAAGCACAUUGUCUUUGUGUUCACACGUACACUUGCUGCGUGUCAUAAAGAUCAGAGUGUUACUGUUCAGGAUCGCCGAUUAUUUGAUACCCGUGACCAUCAUCUACUGCUGAUGAGAUGGCUUUGUGCACACAAGGGCGUUUGAAAGAACGAAAACUUCUCUCUCCCAUUCUCGAGGCGGAAGACGAGGCGUCUAAAUUGUCUAGUCCAAGAGCCAUGGAACAACACAAUAAUUUACUGGCUCAAUAUAUGGACUUGAAAUCGCAAGUUGGAGAUAUGGAGGAGAGUCUUCUUGACCAUCUUCUCAAGGAAAACCAGAAACUGCGCCAGGUCAAUGAGCGACAGAGCCGCGAGCUCCGACAAGAAUAUGAACUGAGACUGAAGGCAGAAAAGGACAGGGCCGAGUUUAGAGUAGAAUAUCUGAAUUACAAGCUCAGUUUAACAAUGGAGCAUGCCGAACUCCAGGAACUGAAACAGACGCUGGAGGAGCUCGCCAGCAGCCGGGAGAUGGAGAAACAGGCGGAGGUGGAGCAGAGGAAGAAGCUGGAGGAAGAGCUCGAGCAGCUGAAAUCCAUCCAUCAGUUUGCAACCCUCCAGCGCCAGGCUUUACCUCUGACCUUCCAUAGUCCAGGCAAGACACAGGCCAGUCUCCCGGUCAUAGCUCCCCCAGCCCACCCAAAGAAGGCACAAAGGCCGUACACUGGAAAGACCAAUCGAAAAGUUCCAUGCAAGAUCCAACCUGCGCAGAACACACCCUCUGCUUGUGGGGACAGCACGAUGAAGACCAUAGCUGACAGCAAGGUCAAGGUCACUCCUGGCACAGAACUAACACCGAAGGACACUAAGAGAGGUCAACAUGUACCUAAACAGACACUUAGAUACUCAAGAAGAGUUCGCCAGAUUCACUGAGAUAUGUUGACAAUGUUAUGUGUGUACUACUUACAUGUAUAAAUUUGUAAAUAUUUUCGCUUUUAAUUGAUGGUCAUAACUUGUUUGUAAGAACAACUGUGCAGCACCAGUUUCCUUUGCGAGAUAAGAACGGCACAUAUAUGUAAAUUUUCAA